UUGAUCUUUUGCUAAUCUCUGAAUCUAGCACGCGGUCGGCUGCCUAUAAAUUUGGUUGCUCGUCAAGCCUCUCAUGCCACCAUUAAUUGCGAGCUGCUUCUUCUUCCCGUUCUUGUCAAGACUGAAACUCACUGGAUCAUCGAGGAGUGGCAAUGGCGGAGCAGCAGCUGAUGCAUGGCACCCUCGACGCCACCAUCUUCGAGGCCACCAACCUCACCAACCCCACCCGCCUCACCGGCAGCGCCCCCGAGGGCAUCCGCAAGUGGUGGGAAGGGGUGGAGAAGACGACCGGGGUUGGGCAGGGCGGGACGCGGCUGUACGCGACGGUGGAUCUCGGCAAGGCGCGGCUCGGCCGGACGCGGGUCAUCGACGACGAGCCGGUGAACCCGCGGUGGGACGAGCGCUUCCACCUCUACUGCGCCCACUUCGCCGACAACGUCGUCUUCUCCGUCAAGGUCUCGCUGCCCAUCGACGCCGCGCUCAUCGGCCGCGCCUACCUCCCCGUCGGGGACCUCCUGUCCGGCGAGGUCGUCGAGCGCAAGCUCGACAUCCUCGACGAGCACAAGAAUAAGCUCCCCCACGGGCCGACCAUCCACGUCCGUCUGCAGUUCAAGGACGUCGCCGUCGACGGCGACGGGAAGUGGUGGGGCGCCGGCGUCGGCAACGCCGGGUACGCCGGCGUGCCGUGCACCUACUUCAAGCAGCACACCGGGUGCGGGGUCACCCUGUACCAGGACGCGCACGUGCCGGACACGUUCGCGCCGACGAUCCCGCUCGCCGGCGGCGCGCACUACCAGCAGGGGCGGUGCUGGGAGGACGUGUUCGACGCCAUCAGCAACGCCAAGCACCUCAUAUACAUCACCGGCUGGUCGGUGUUCACCGACAUCACGCUCAUCCGCGACCCGUCCCGGCAGCGCCCCGGCGGCGACGCCACCAUCGGCGAGCUCCUCAAGCGCAAGGCCAGCGAGGGCGUCCGCGUGCUCAUGCUGGUCUGGAACGACGUCACGUCGCUGCAGAUCCUCCAGUCGCUCGGCAUCAAGUGGGGCUUCAGCCAGACGCACGACGCCGAGACGUUCCAGUACUUCGAGGACACCGACGUCCACUGCGUCGUCUGCGCGCGCCACCCCGACGCCGGCGGCAGCAUCGUCAUGGGCGUCAAGGUGCCCUUCGCUUCCACCCACCACCAGAAGACCGUCAUCGUCGACCACGACAUGCCGGCCGGCGCCGGCUCCGGCCUCCGCAGCAUCGUCAGCUUCGUCGGCGGCCUCGACCUCUGCGACGGCCGCUACGACACGCAGUCCCACUCCCUCUUCCGGACGCUCGACGCCGCGCACCACAAGGACUUCCACCAGCCGAGCAUCGACGACGCCGAGCUCGCCAAGGGCGGGCCGAGGGAGCCAUGGCACGACAUCCACUCCAGGCUCGAGGGCCCCGUCGCCUGGGACGUCCUCUACAACUUCGAGCAGCGGUGGCGGAAGCAGAGCGGCCACGGCGACCUCCUCGUCAACCUCACCGCCCUCGAGCACCUCAUUGCGCCGCAGUCCGCGAUGAAGCUCCCCGUCAUCGGCAACGACGACCACGAGGCGUGGAACGUGCAGGUCUUCCGCUCCAUCGACGGCGGCGCGUGCGACGGCUUCCCGAGCAGCCCGGAUGCGGCGGCGCGGCUCGACCUCGUGAGCGGGAAGAACAACGUGAUCGAGCGGAGCAUCCAGGACGCGUACAUCCACGCCAUCCGCCGCGCCAGGGACUUCAUCUACAUCGAGAACCAGUACUUCAUCGGGAGCUCCUACGGGUGGAGGCCCGACGACGGCGUCAGGCCGGAGGACGUCGAGGCGGUGAACCUGAUCCCGAGGGAGCUCUCCCUCAAGAUCAUGAGCAAGAUCGCCGCCGGCGAGCGGUUCACCGUCUACGUCGUGGUGCCGAUGUGGCCGGAGGGCCACCCUGACAGCCAGGCCAUGCAGGCCAUCCUCGAUUGGCAGAGGAGGACGAUGGAGAUGAUGUACGCCGACAUCGCCGGCGCGCUCAAGGCGAAGAGGAUGGACGCCGACCCGAGGGAUUACCUCACCUUCUUCUGCUUGGGAAACAGAGAGGUGAAGAGGAGUGGUGAGUAUGUGCCCGGACAUCACCCAAGAGAUGGCACGCCAUAUGCCAAGGCACAAAAGACGCGCCGGUUCAUGAUCUAUGUCCACUCCAAGAUGAUGAUAGUCGAUGACGAGUACAUCAUCGUGGGAUCGGCCAACAUCAACCAGAGGUCGAUGGACGGCGGCCGAGACUCGGAGAUCGCCAUGGGAGCAUUCCAGCCACACCACCUGAACAUCGGUGGCCAGCUUGCAAGAGGUCAAAUCCAUGGCUUCCGGAUGUCACUAUGGUAUGAGCACCUAGGAGGCGAACCGCACGACGACUUCCUGCACCCGGGGAGCCUGGAGUGUGUCCGGAGAGUGAACGAGAUGGCUAACAAGCACUGGGAGCUCUACGCCAGCGAGGAGCUCCAUGAAGACCUCCCGGGGCAUCUGCUAACCUACCCGAUCGCCGUGGCUAAGGACGGCACGGUGGCGGCGCUCCCGGGGGCGAAGUUCUUCCCGGACACCGAGGCGCCGGUGCUGGGGAAGAAGGCGAUCAAUCCGUUGAUGACCCCCGAUAUCACCUCGUAGAUCAGGUGAAAGUUUGUGCUGGUGGUGCAUGCGGAGCAAAAGUUUGCUAGUCCUACACUGGAGUGAUGCUGCUUCCAUCAGAAUGUGUUUGUUUUUCAACGGUGUAAGUUGUCCUAGAAUGUCACCCUCUAUGUAAUGUUGAAUCUUAAUUCCAUUGUCUAAAAUAACCAAAUUUGUAAUGUUACUGGAACAAAUUUUGUAAUGAUGAGUAUGCACCUGCAAAUCGAUCACCCA